ACCCGUACACACAAGAUAAGGUCGCUGAAAACGCGACGGUUGCGGUCGUAGAACCAAAAGAAUGGCAACCUCUUCUUCCAUAUUACCGUCCCCUCUCCUCCCGUCGGCAGCUCCGACAAACCGUCGGAACCAGCAACUCGCACUUUUCAAUAAUCGUAAGCUGAAUGGUGCAACCUUUAAGAAGCACGCAUCCUUCAGGAUCCAUGCUGCAAAGCUUCCUGCUGGAGUGGAAGUGCCAAAAACAGAGCCGAAAUUCAGCGCCCCUUUUCUUGGUUUCACAAGGACAGCUGAAAUUUGGAAUUCGAGAGCUUGUAUGAUUGGCCUCAUUGGAACUUUCGUAGUAGAAUUGAUUUUGAACAAGGGAAUUCUACAGCUGAUAGGGGUGGAAAUAGGGAAAGGUCUCGAUCUUCCACUUUGACCAUUUUAUUGCCAUAUUCACAUUUAUGUAAAACAUUUCGUCUAUUAUUCGUUUCAAAAAUCAGUCCUUUUUUUAACUAUAAUUGUAAUUAAACGUUGCACCUAAAGUGAGUGUGCUUUUGAUCGUUUA